AUGUCAAAAGCAGAGUAUGAAGAAGUGCCCAGUAGCGAAGAGAAGGAAAUUGGAGAUCCUACCAAUGACAUAAUACAACCAUAUGGGUAUGGAGUGCGACACGUGCAGGCUUUUCUGAUUUUCAUUUGUCUAACUGUAGGUUACACGGCUAGAGCGUACCUAAGUGUAUCAAUAGUCGCUAUGACAAAUGUAAACAAACAUUUAGAUAACAGGACAGAGGUAGCGGAAAAUAUUGAAUCUACAACAAUUGGGCUUCCAGGACAUGAACAUGAAUUCGAUAUUGGUGAUAAUGAAACAACGUUACAUCAUGUUGUUGAUAAUGAUGCAUUUGAUGAUACUCCUAUUGAAGAUUCGUUAGGAAUUUAUAGAACAUACGCAUGGCCAAAAUCCACACAAGAAAUGAUACUGUCGUCCUUUUUCCUCGGGUAUAACAUCAUGCAAUUUCCUAUGGGAUUGGUUACACAGCGAUGGGGCGGGAAAAUCCCCCUGCAAAUAGGACUGUUCAUAAACGGAAUUGCGGCCAUCGUAACGCCAUGGCUAGUUCUAUGGGGUGGAUGGAAAGCUGUUUGUGCGUGUCGAAUAGUCCAGGGUUUGUCACAAGCUGGGUUUUAUCCUGCCGUUCAAACAAUACUGGCGCAGUGGGUGCCAAAAUCUGAAAGAGGCAGGCUUGCAAGUUACGUUUACACUGGCUCAACAGUGGGUACCGUGGUAGCUUUCCAAGUUGGUGGUAUCCUGGCUGAAAGUGCAGGUGGCUGGCCAUCUAUAUUCUGGGCGUCGGGUGGCAUAUGUUUAGUCACAUUCGCCUUGCUCACAAUAUUUGGUGCUGCAACACCGGCUGAACAUAAAAGUAUAACUGUAGCAGAAAAGAACUUCAUUUCUAAUUCUUACAAUACUGCAGCUGUAGAAGAGAAGCCUAAAGUACCUUGGAAAGCAGUACUAACAUCGAGACAUGUUUGGGCAUGUCACUCUACUCAGAUCGGUAGUGGGGUGGUGUUCUUCUUCAUCUUCAAUCAAGUACCUUCAUACAUACACUCCAUCCUGGAAGUUAAUGUUAAAAGCAGCGGUCUAUUGUCGUCGCUGCCGUACGUCGCAGCUUGCUUCUGCUCUGUCACAUUCGGAGUGCUAUGUGAUUUCUGCAUUAAUAAAAAUAUAUUGAGUCUAAAAUCUUCUAGACAAAUGUUCAAUUCUGUGUCACAAAUUGGCGUAGCUGUUUGUUUGAUAACCGUUUCGUUCACAAAGAACCUCACUCUGGCUAUAAUACUCUUAAUGCUGGGAACUGGUUUGCAGACAGGAGUUCAUCUGGGAUGGAUGAUUAAUCAUAUAGACUUGACGCCAAACUUUAGCGGCACACUCAUAGCAAUUGGAAGCACGCUAAUGAACAUUUUUGUGUUAAUUACACCAGUGUUUGUGUCGUACAUUAUUACUGAUAUGACAAACCAACUGCAAUGGCGGAUCAUGUUCAUCACCGUGGGUAUUGUUGCUUUCGUAACUAAUGGCAUAUUUGUGGCAUUAAUGAGUGCUAAAACACAGCCGUGGAACGAGCCCAGUUAUGUCAAGAAAUUGAAUGAAAACAAAUGAAAUGCCCAGUUAUAUGGGUAGAUUCAUAGAUGUGUAUGUGGUCAUGAGAUUAGAGGAAAUGUUUAUAGUAGAGGAUUAGGAAUAAACUUU